AUGGUCACUGUUUGGUGGAAUUCCACAGGAGUUUUACAUCAUGAGUUCAUGAAAACGGGUGAAUCGAUCAACACGGAUACCUACUGUCACCAAAUCGACAAAAUGCAUCAGAAACUGGUGCGUGCAAAUCCAGCAGUGGUCAACAGAAAAGGUCCAAUCCUUCUUCACGAUAAUGCCAGACCUCACGUCUCACGAAAAACGCUCCAGAAGUUGAACGACCUCGGCUAUGAAAUAUUGCCUCAUCCAGCAUAUUCACCAGACCUGUCGCCAACGGAUUACCAUAUUUUUAAGCACCUCAACAACUUCAUCAAGGGCAGGGUGUUCAAGAAUCAGACGCUAAAACUGCCCUCAACGACUUCAUUGCUUCUACAGGGUCCGCCAAUAGGGACGCGCGAAGCUUGCCGGAAGGGUGCGGCCAUGUUGUUUGAG